AUGGCAUCAAAAGGAGUAGGAAAACUUCAUUUCAUUGAUGGAAAUGUGGAUACAAACAAAUAUUUGGCAAUUUUAGAAGAAUCGCUUUUACCAGUGAUGGAAGAAUGUCUGACAUCCGGCCAAGAUUUUGUGUUUCAGCAAGAUGGUGCAGCGUGCCAUACCAAAAAGGCUAUAAAAUGGAUGGAAGAAAAUAAUGUACCACUUUUGAAAUGGGUUUCUAGCAGUCCAGAUCUGUCACCUAUUGAAACUUUGUGGCACGAGAUGAAAAAGUUACUGUCUGUUUUCGGCAACGGAGCGCCACAUCAGUCGACAAUUUCCCGUUGGUAUGGAGAAUUGAAACGUGGACGGGUGGGUGCACCAAAAACGGCAGUCACCCAGGAAAACGUCGAUGUUGUGCGCAAACUCAUCAUUGAAGAUAGACAUGUGACAUAUCGCGAGAUUGAGGCGUCCUUGAAGAUCUCAAAGACCUCAAUUCAAAAAAUUUUACAUGAAGAAUUAGGAGUAAGAAAAUUAGUUUUUCGUUGGAUACCCCAUCUGUUGACUGAAGAGCAGAAAGCAGCCAGGGUUAAUUGGUGUCAAAAAACGCUUGACCGCUUCAAUUCCGGAAAUUCAAAAAAUUUGUCCAGCAUUGUUAGUGGUGAUGAAUCGUUGAUUUACUGUUAUGAACUAGGAAAUAAACGACAGUCGGCUCCAACAAAAGUCAUCCGUUCUCGAAGUAUUUUGAAAAGAAAAGAUGGUCGAGACAUUUGUCAAACAACUGUUACUGCGGAUUGGUAUACCACCAUUUGUUUCCCAAAAGUCAUCACCGAGCUUCAAAAAAUCAACCCCGAAAUAAGAAUCAUCCUCCACCAAGACAAUGAAAGCUCGCACACAGCCCAAAGGACAGGGCAGUAUUUAACGGAAGAAAACGUGAAAUUAUUGGACCAUCCUCCAUAUAGUCCCAAUCUAAUUCCUAACGAUUUCUUUACUUUCCCGAAAAUUAAAAACAGACUGCGUGGUCAAAGGUUCCAGUCACCAGACGAAGCAGUUGACGCAUUCAAAGAUAGCGUUAUGGAUCUGCCAGCAAACGAGUGGAAUAAGUGCUUCGAAAAUUGGUUCGAGCGCAUGCAGAUGUGUAUUCAUCUUCGUGGAGAAUACUUCGAAAAACAAUAAAGUCAUUUAAAACUA